GGCGGACCCGGCACCCGCCGGGCUGGGCGCAGCGGGGCGGCCCCGCGGCCGCACCGGAGGGGGCGAUCGUUCGGCGGGCGGCAGGGGAGCGGCGGCACCACCACCACCAAAAAACUGCAGCCGGCUGCGCCGCACGCAAAUCAGGAGGGAGCAGCGAGCAUCACACCAGAGCCGCCUGAUUUCUGAUUGCUCCGCGGCAGAGGGGGAGAGGCAGAGACUGAGAGGGGCGAGCGGCAGAGCCGGGGACGGCGGAGGGGUCGGGGAUGCUGCCUCGCAAGUUUCCUUGAUUCCUUCAGGAGCGUGAGGAGGCGCCCGGCCCUUCUCCUCCUCCCGCCUCGGGAGCUCGGCGGCGCGGGUGAGGCGCUCCACCGUGGGAAACUGAUGCCCCUCAGCGCUGCCGCCGGCCGGGGAUGCGGGGGGCCGUGCGGCGCGGCCGGGGGAGGAGGAGGCUGCUCCUGCGAAGGAGGCUGCUGAAGCUGCUGGGGGCGCUUCUGCGGGGCUGACGGUGCCACCGGCCGGAGCCGGCGGAGGGAGCGGGGCGCGACCCCCGCUCGCCGCUGCCCCUCGAAGUUGCCGGAGCGCUCCGGGCUCCCAGCGCCGCCGCCCCUCGCGGCAGGGCGGUCAGCGGGGGCUCCCGGCGCCCCUGCCCGCCUUCGCUCUCCGGGCCGCCGCCGUGCCCCGGGACCCCGCUGGUGGAUGCGCCCGCCCCGGCUCGGGCAGCCCCCGGCGGCAGUGCAGGCAGCGCAGCCUGCCGGGCCGCACCGGACCCCGGUGAGGCGGCAGGCGAGGACGCCGCGGCGGCGUUCCCCGCCGGCCUGAAGGAGGACGGGGAGCCUCGGCGGGCCGAGGACACGGGGCGCUCGGCGGGCACCAGCCAUGGGGUGUUGUGAGGUGAGGAGAUUGCUCUGGAGAGUCGGCCUCUUCCUCCCCCUGCUGACAGCGCGCCCCGCCGCCGCCGGUCACGUCGCCAGCAACCACGUUGUGUUACUUGAUACUACAACUGUCCUUGGAGAACUAGGAUGGAAAACAUUUCCUUUAAAUGGGUGGGAUGCCAUAACUGAGAUGGAUGAACACAAUCGUCCCAUUCAUACUUACCAGGUAUGUAAUGUGAUGGAACCAAACCAAAACAACUGGCUUCAAACAAACUGGAUCUCCCGUGAUGCUGCACAGAAAAUUUACGUGGAAAUGAAGUUUACCCUGAGGGACUGCAACAGUAUUCCAUGGGUACUGGGAACCUGCAAGGAAACUUUCAAUCUCUACUACAUGGAGUCAGAUGAGUCUCAUGGAGUAAAAUUCAAAACAAAUCAAUAUACUAAAAUUGAUACUAUUGCAGCUGAUGAGAGCUUUACCCAGAUGGACUUGGGUGACCGCAUUCUUAAACUCAACACAGAAGUUCGUGAGGUUGGGCCAAUAAACAAGAAAGGAUUUUAUCUUGCUUUUCAGGACAUUGGAGCAUGCAUUGCUUUGGUCUCAGUCCGUGUUUAUUACAAAAAGUGCCCUUUCACAGUCCGUAAUUUGGCUAUGUUUCCUGAUACCAUUCCGAGGGUUGAUUCUUCCUCUUUGGUGGAAGUACGGGGCUCCUGUGUGAAGAGCGCUGAGGAACGUGAUACUCCAAAAUUGUAUUGUGGAGCAGAUGGGGAUUGGCUUGUGCCUCUAGGACGAUGCAUCUGCAGUGUAGGAUAUGAAGAAGUGGAUGGCUCCUGCCAUGCUUGCAGGCCUGGAUUCUAUAAAGCAUUUGCUGGAAAUGUAAAGUGCUCCAAGUGCCCUCCACACAGUUUGACUUACGUAGAAGCAACUUCUGUCUGUCAGUGUGAGAAAGGUUACUUCAGAGCUGAGAAGGACCCACCAACUAUGGCAUGUACCCGGCCACCUUCUGCUCCAAGGAAUGUGAUUUUUAACAUUAAUGAAACAGCUCUCAUGUUGGAAUGGAGCCCCCCAAGUGAUACCGGAGGAAGAAAAGAUCUCACUUACAGUGUCAUCUGUAAGAAAUGUGGGUCAGAUGCCAGCCAGUGUGAAAUCUGUGGGGGAGGUAUCCGUUUCAUCCCCAGGCACACCGGUCUCAUCAACUCUUCCGUGACAGUGCUUGACUUUGUGUCGCACGUGAACUACACCUUUGAAAUAGAAGCCACGAAUGGGGUCUCAGAGCUGAGUUUCUCUCCCAAGCAGUUCACAGCUAUCACGAUUACCACAGACCAAGAUGCACCCUCCUUGAUAGGUAUGGUAAGGAAGGACUGGGCUUCCCAAAACAGCAUUGCCCUCUCCUGGCAAGAGCCGGACUUUCCCCAUGGAGCAAUUCUGGACUACGAGAUCAAGUACUAUGAGAAAGUCUACCCACGGAUAGCGCCGGCAUUUUGGCACUACCUGCGGGUAGAAGAGCAUGAGCAGCUCAGCUAUUCCUCCACAAGGUCCAAGGCUCCAAGUGUUAUCAUCACAGGUCUCAAGCCAGCCACCAAGUAUAUAUUUCAUAUCAGAGUCAGGACGGCAGCAGGAUACAGCGGCUAUAGCCAGAAGUUUGAAUUUGAAACUGGAGAUGAAACUUCUGAUAUGGCUGCCGAGCAGGGACAGAUUCUUGUAAUUGCCACUGCUGCUGUUGGUGGAUUCACGCUGCUGGUCAUCCUCACUUUAUUCUUCCUAAUCACUGGAAGAUGCCAGUGGUACAUAAAGGCCAAAAUGAAAUCGGAAGAGAAAAGAAGGGCUCAUUUGCAGAAUGGACAUUUACGUUUUCCGGGCAUCAAAACAUAUAUUGAUCCAGACACAUAUGAAGACCCAUCUCUUGCUGUCCAUGAGUUUGCAAAGGAAAUAGAUCCUUCAAGAAUUCGUAUUGAGAGAGUUAUUGGGGCAGGUGAGUUUGGAGAAGUAUGCAGUGGGCGUUUGAAGACACCAGGAAAAAGAGAGAUACCUGUUGCAAUUAAAACUCUAAAAGGAGGCUAUGUGGACAGGCAGAGAAGAGAUUUCCUGAGAGAGGCUAGUAUCAUGGGACAAUUUGAUCACCCAAAUAUAAUUCGCCUUGAAGGAGUUGUUACAAAAAGAUCCUUUCCGACCAUUGGGGUGAAGUCUCUUUCGAGAUUCCUGAGGGCGGGAUUUUUAAAUAGCAUCCUGGCCUCACAUCCAGUGUCAGGGGGUGGAUCUUUACCCCCCAGCAUUUCCUCUGGCAGACCAGUAAUGAUUGUAGUUGAAUACAUGGAGAAUGGAUCCCUUGACUCCUUUCUGCGGAAGCAUGAUGGCCACUUCACAGUCAUCCAGCUGGUUGGCAUGCUGCGGGGGAUUGCAUCUGGCAUGAAGUACCUCUCAGACAUGGGCUAUGUACACCGUGAUCUGGCAGCCCGUAAUAUCUUGGUCAACAGUAACCUCAUGUGUAAAGUCUCUGAUUUUGGUUUGUCACGAGUGUUAGAGGAUGAUCCUGAAGCUGCUUACACAACAAGCGGUGGAAAAAUCCCCAUACGGUGGACUGCUCCUGAAGCUAUAGCUUACCGGAAGUUCUCUUCAGCAAGUGAUGCGUGGAGCUAUGGGAUUGUAAUGUGGGAGGUGAUGUCCUACGGUGAGAGACCAUACUGGGAGAUGUCCAACCAGGAUGUUAUACUGUCUAUUGAAGAAGGCUACAGGCUUCCAGCUCCCAUGGGCUGCCCAGCUUCUCUUCACCAACUAAUGCUUCACUGCUGGCAAAAGGAGAGAAACCACCGUCCAAAAUUUAGUGACAUUGUCAACUUCCUAGACAAACUGAUCCGCAAUCCCAGCACCCUGCAUACCCUAGUGGAAGAUGUACUUGUAAUGCCAGAUUCACCUUGUGAAGUUCCAGAAUAUCCUUUGUUUGUUUCAGUCAGUGACUGGCUGGACUCCAUAAAAAUGGGUCAGUAUAAAAAUAACUUCAUGGCAGCAGGUUUCACAACUUUGGAUAUGGUCUCAAGAAUGAGUAUUGAUGACAUUAGAAGAAUUGGAGUUGUACUCAUUGGACACCAGAGACGAAUAGUCAGCAGUUUACAGACUUUGCGGUUACACAUGAUGCACAUACAGGAGAAAGGAUUUCAUGUAUGAAAGUACUAGAAUCAACUGUGUUUUGUGCCUCAGCAUUUCUAAAAUGGAAAAUAUUCCCAAUCUUCCCUUCUGCUCUUCCUAACUUCAAGAACUGCAGUAUCCUGUUCAGACUAUAGAAGUACUUCUAUAUUAAUGCUUCCAAACUGGAAUUUUUAAUCACCCUGCAUAGCUCCUCCACCAGUUAUCUGCCAAUAAAAUCCUGGCCUACUGCAAGACUCUUGCUACACAUUGAUGAAUAACUCAGCAUGGAUGUGUAACUUUGUAUAACAGUAUUUGGGAAACUUUCAUGAACUUACUUGAAAGUAGUAAUCUAUUUGGCCUGGUGUGGCUUCUUUAUCGAUGUAUUUAGAGUUUGCUGGUAGAUCAAAAAGUAUUUGACUUCUUUCAUGUUCUGUGACCAUGUAACUUCCAAUACCAAAUGUGCAAUCAAAAAAGUUUGACAUAACUAUUUAUUUUCUUUCUUAACUAAAUCCAAAUGUAUGGGUCCUAUCAUGAUAUUACUUUAUAAUACUUUGAAUGCUGAUAAGCUGGUGCCUCAAAACGUUAAUAUUGUUUGCAGGAAUGACUGAUUUUAUGUAGUGAAUUUUCAUUGUGUGAACAGUUGGGAGGAUAGUGAGAGAAUUCUGUUUGAAAUCUAAAGGUCCUUGAUUUUUAAUUACUUUAGCACUCGACACUUUUUAUGCUUUAAAUUUUAGAUAAGGUGGGGAAGCUUGUUCAUCCUUGGGAUUCUUCACCACCCUAGAACUUCCUCUUUUUUUUUUUUUCCUUAAAUACUCAGCAUUUGCUUCUACUCUGUGGCAAAUAUUCACUGCAAAACUGAUUGUAAUGUUUCCAUAACCACAUGUGAAACAUGUUUGUCAGCUAUACUGUGACCACGUAGACUUCAGAAAGCUUUCUGUUCCAAAAGUGCAGGUCUCUGCUGCUUGAACUAAGCAUAACUUCCACCAGUGAUAGUAGACCUUAGAAGGCCAGCCAUCAGUGGGAUGAUGUGCUUAUUCCUAUGGGAGCAGACCAGCCGUAUCAUUCUCCAAUUGAGGGCAGUGGUACAAUCACCAACUAGUGCUGGAAGUUACACGCAGCGGUGUGCAGCUACCUUGUACGUAGGCAGAAAAGAUGUAGGACAGCAGUGUAAUAAUAUGUUGCCUUGAGCCUGCUAACUGCUUUUAGAAGUGAAAAGCAGACUGCUGAAAUGGAGCUCUGGUUACUGUAGGCUAGAUCUUCAUUUAAUACAGAUAUCUAAAUGACAUCCAGACACUUACCUUUAGAACCCUUCAAUAGCCAUAUUUACAUGCAAGAAAACGUCCACAAAGGCCUAACAUAAUACUUGUACCUCUCUAAGUCUUACAGCUUUUAUGUUUUAUUCAGACAACUUACACAGACGUGCUGGGCUAUGUUUCCAAAUUUUUGCAUGGGAUAUGCACUACUGGGAACAGGGGAACAAGCGCAUGUCUGCACACAGUAGAAGUCAUGCGCAGACCUACAUGCAUGUCACAUGUAAGCUGAGUGCAGAUGCUUUUAUUGAUUUAUACAUAGUUUGAAAGAUGUUUUUGAGUUAUGUGGCAUUCCAGAUAUACUCAAGCAUUACAGCUCUUCCAUUAAAAUGUGCAUUUGGGUAAUUAAUAUAAUGUAUGUGUAUAUCAAAAUGAACUAACUACUUUAUGUAAUCAUAGUGAUAUUUACUGCUUAAUUUACAGCUUGUUAAUCAAAAUGUAUUUCCUAACGCUUGGAAAAGGCUGCCAUUUUUUCCUUCUUUGCCUUCAGUGGCAAAGAAGGAAAAUCAGAAAGCAACUCAGAAAAGAUUAUGCUUCCAACUAGUCACAGAGUAAGACAUGCUAGGCCCGAUUCACUGUUGUCACUUUAUGUUGGAAUAGCUGCUUUAAUUUAAGUGGGAUACCAGUAGAGCAAGAAGCAAAUUUCCCUUCUUUUGUUAAUGCACACCACCACACCCCCCAGAUUUAACUGAAGAGCAAGUUUUCUGAAGAUAAGGAUUCACUAGGAUCUCCAGUGCCGAUAUGAAGAGUUUGUUAAAGAAGGGCAGCUCCAGUACUAUUCUAGCUACAAAGGUAAUUUGGCCAGUAUGAAUAGUCUUGGUGAGCUCAACAGGACUGUAUAAGCAUAUGUGUUUUGGAGGAUCACAGGUCUUUGUGGGGAGAAAAAGCAUUUGUUCUUUCCUGUGACUGUCACUAGAAAAAUUUCUGCCCCAAUUCCACAUCUGAAUAAUUUCUUGGUAAAGGUUCUCUUAUAGAAAGAAAAUCAUAUUUAUCUGAAACCUUUUGAAAAAUACUAUCUUCACAGAGUAAUUUAAAAGAUUAAUUUUCCUUUAUAAUUUUGUUAUCCAUUUCACCUGUCAUUGCCUCCAUGGCCAAAAAUGUGGCAUCUGUGGAAGGAGCCUCUCUCACAAUUAAAUACACUAUCGAGGAGGUAUGAGUCUGUUAUUUGUUAAUGGGGUUUCAAAAUUACUCAGAACUAAUCCAAACCAUGUAUGUGCACUUUUAAUUCUCCUUUGCGUGUUUCUUUUUCAUUCCUGGUAGUGAGCAUGCAAAGUGGCAUGUUAUCUGCACGCAAGCUGGAUAUAUUUCAUGGACAUUGAUUUCCAAAUUUAUCACACUACUGAAAAUAUAUUUUCAAUGGAAAAAAAAAUUAAAACAUAUAUUAAUCAGAUAUAUUUUUUACAUAAACAAGAGUUGGGGUAACCAGACAGGAAAGAACAAAGGAUUCUUUGGGUAAGGAUAUUUAUUUAAAACAUUGUAAAUCCAGGAUUUUUUGGGGUUUAUACAGCUUCGUUUUUUGUUGUUGUGGCACAGCAUGACACUUUUAUAAGAGUUAGCUUGAUCAAAUUUAUAUUUCCCCCAUUUUGUAAGCAUUUUAUUUGUUCUUGCUCCAAUUCCAAGCCUACUCUUGGUUUGUUUUGGGGUUUUUCCCCCCCCCCUUUUUUUUUUUUUCUUAAAAAACAAAACCAACAGGUGUUACUUUUCAAAUGUGAACUUAAUUCUGUGCAGGCCACAAAUGUAUAUGGGAACUAGAUUCUUUGUUACAGGGGAUACUUUUUUCUAAGUGAAAAUCAGCUCUAUUUAGUUAUCUUGCAUAUUGCGGUUUGCAGUUAGAGUUUAAACACAACAAAUUUAAGCAAAUCUAAUAGGCUGUUUUUGAGAAUUUGGCCCACAUUGCAGAGUGCUUCAUUACUAAAAGUACUCACUGAAAGUUCACAAAAUAAAGUGUGCAUUAUAAGCAAGCAAGAAAAAAAAGGGGGGGGCAUUAUAAUGUGGACAAGAAGAAAUAGCUCUAAGUUAUUUACAAGUAAUAUCCACACGUAGCUUUUUCUCACAGAUCUGAUUGUCAUUAAUCUAGAAUUAAAUCCAUCCAUACCGCUACUCAUGUACCACUUGAGCCUCCAAAACAUAGCUUAAGUGUGGGUUUUGACUACUAAGCUGGACCAAGUUAGUGUUUCUUGGCUGACAUGUGCAUCGCCCCAGCUUUCCACCAUGUGCCAAACACAGUGCUUCCAAAAUUGACUAACGAGCAACUUUGAUGUCCAUGCAACUAAGUGGGGUGGUCACCUGACAUGGAAACAUAUCGGUCAUCCUUACUCAAUCUAUCCCCUCUUGUCAGCCAGACACUUGUGUCUCAGUGAGACCUACUCACCUAAUUUUGGAGGUAUGCAUUUGAGCUAGUCAUCUAAGGUUCCCUUUUAAUCAAUGAAGAGAAGUGAUCCCUUGUAGGAUGUAACUCAUCUGACAAAUGUAAUUGCUGCUCAGAUGAAUCGUACCAAAGCAGCACUUGUUUCUCUGCAUUCAAAGAGUUCAAAAUGACAAGCUCAUAUCUAGGCAUCUGUGCUUGGUCAGUUGAAUCUCAUGCAUUGAUUAAAUCCAGUCCUUAUGCUGAACCUGUGCAAAAGAGAGGAUCUUGUCCAUAAUGCUGGUGUUAAAAUUGAACAAGUAACAGCAGAAGAUUUAGUAAUUUUGCUUAUGAGGUGUUUGCAUAUUGGAAUUACUGAGAAGCAAUGGGACUCCACAAGGUGAAAGGAAGAGAAUUGAGCCACAUAAUUUAAAUUUUUCUUAAGCAAAAGUUACCCUUUUUGUUUCCCAUGAAUUCAGUGUCUGUCCAAUAAAAACUUAGAUCCAUGCUAUGCUUUAAGACAUCAGCCAAGACUUUUAAGCAUAAGGCAAUCUUUAAUUGCAAAUAGCACACUCAACAAUAAAUUCAAAUAAAUUGGUUGCUCUGGACAAUGCAUUCUGUGUCCAAAAUUGUAUUGGAUUAUUCUGACAUGGAACUCAUAGACUGUAGUACUUUGAUUUUUCUGCAAUUUAAGACUGACUUUCAGUUUUCCAUUUUUUAUAUGAUGAGCCUAAUACUGGGAUCCAUUAAUUUCUUUUUCAGUGCGGAUUCAUACAGGAUCCAAAGGUGGGUCAUAAGUAACAUACAGGCUGCCUUUAUUCAGAUGCAGUAGAGAUUUACUUUGUGGAAUGGCUUGGACUGUGGAGGUGCCUAGUAGGACUGUAUUAACAGCAGCAAUUUCCAUGUUAGAAUGACCCCAUGGGACCAUCUCAGCCACCAAGGUGUAAAGCAGCGUAGUACAUAUUUAACUUUUAUUAAAGACCAGUUGAUAAAUUUCAGCUCGCACCAUUGCAAAUGGAAGCAUGUAUUUAGCUGUUUUAACUCAGCUGAUGAAAUGGUUCUAUGGGACACAUUCUGGCAGCUAAGAAUUUUUCUUUUAUGAACACAUGUAGUGUAACUACCCCAUCAUGGACUCAGUCUAUCUUGGAAUAUGUCCAACAGAAAGUGGAAAGGAGGACUCUCUUCUAAUCCAGUCCAAUACAUCUUUUAGAGUACAAAAGUUAGUCAUAAUAAAAAGUCUGUCUUCCAUUGCAUCUUCUAGCAAAAGUAUUAAAAAUAGAGAUGCUUCAAUUAUGGCAUUUGCACGUGGUUGAAGAGCACUGUAUUUUGUUAUACAGUUUUCCUCCAGAAUACCCUUGUUCACCAACUGUAAUUGAUCUUCCUGAAUAAAUGGCAAAGAUAAUAUUUUUAAAAUUUUUUAUUUUUUUUUUAUAAUGUUACUAUUAUCAUGUUUUGAGAGUGAAGGAAUGAUGUGUUGGGCUGGGCUAACACUGAGUAGGACAGUGAUCUUUAAAUCUCCUGGAGAGACAAAUGAAUCACCAGUGAAAAGGAAAAGAAAAAAAAAAAAAACAAAACACUAAAGCCUAGACUAAGGUGAAAAAGGAAAAACUAUUCAUAUUGUGCUAAGGAACUCUUACAAAAAACCGAAAGAGUUGCAAUAAGACAGUUCCAUGCAUUUACAGUAUAAAAUGGUAGAAGAUAUUUGUGAGCUGCUCAUUCAUGAGUGCUAUGGUUGUAUAUUGUUUCUCAGCCUAUGGACCAGGAUAUGUUAAGCACAUUAUGGAUAUAAAACAUUUGUCUAUAUGUACAUAAAAAAUUGUAAAUAUAAUGUAUAUUACAAUGUCUGAAAUUUUUCAAACCUGCAGGAACCUAACUCCCAAUAAUGCUAAUGGGGUUGAUCUGCUCCAUUGGCUUUUAAAAUUCUUAAUGGCAUGCACUGUAUGUGUACAGUACUUCCCAAACUUCCUUGUCUUGUUAUCUGGAAAUGGACAGCCUCUCUUUUCCUUCACAGGCAGAAAGAACGUUUUCAAACUGGCUUACACAAAGCUGCCUGGUCACCUGAUGCUGACCUUUCUACCACCACCACACCAAACCCCUUCUACUGAUUCUUUUCCAUACAACUAAUUGCUGUAGAAAUCAUCAGUAAUCAUAAAGGGGAAGCAAGGUGCUCAUGAGCCAGCAUAUCUAGUCAGAUGUAGUUCAUGCUAUAAGAAGUAUGAGUCCCUCUGCUGAAGUCACCAAAGAUGUUUAAACAGUAUUUUUUUUUCAGUAGCCAUUGAUAGACACUUAUGAGGAUAAAAUGAGGAAAAUUGUCAAGGGAAUAUGAGUAAGGAUAAACCAGCGUAUAGGAUAAAAAGAUAUGCUGAAUUUUAGAAAGGAAUACCAAUAAAAAUCAUUGAUGAAAAAACUUGAGGUUAAAAAAUGGAUUAGAGUUAAAAUAUAUUUCCAUAUUUUACAUGUGAAAUAAUAUAACGCCAGUUCAGUAAAAUCUGUGUGUUUGUGUGGCUUAAUUCAUAUAAGAAGGUUGAUUAGAAACUGGACUACUUACAUGCAUGGAGUUAGGCAUAAAAGACUUGCAAAUCAAAGUCUCUAUAAAAUAAUUGUAAGGCAGUAAGAGUUAACAUAUUCUAUAAUUAUUAUUUUUUUUAACUUCAGUAGCACAUAUGGUUUCCUUGAGGAGUCUAGUAUAUGACAUUAUCACAAACCUCCUGUGCAUACUGUUCUUGAUAUGUAGGAGAUAACUGCUGACUUCUUUUCUUCAUUUGGGAAAUACUUCACGUCUUGGGAAAUAUUCGUCUCUAACGUGCAUGUCAGCAAGUGAUUAAAAUUUGUGAAUAAACCGUAAUAUUAUCUUAAUCUUUCUUAUUAUUGACAAUUCAAUGAAGAACUGCCAAGCAGCAGCAUGUAUGCUGAGUGGUAGAUAAGCCAAAAUCCUGGGACUGAAAAUUCACAACUGAAAGAGAAAUCUAGCUCUCUGUAUUCUGAACUGUGUGAUACCUGUGAGUGAUGAAAAAGUACCCACUGAAACAGUCUAGGGAGUAUUUUCAUAGUAUCAUCACCACAUAAUGCUCUGAAGUCCUCUACAGCACUGAUAGGAAAAAAAUUUAUUUGCUGGUUUUCCAGGUUCCAGACUGUGACCAAAAAAACGGGUACAAUUGUUAUUGUUUAGAUCAGAACCUCCAGUGGACACAAUUUUGUAACUGAAAGACUACGUGUUCUGGUUGUAUACUGGCUUUUUUUGAGAAGAACCUACAUAAACAGUAAGGAGUAGAGCUAUACAGUUAAGAGUGGCUUACAAACUGUGUUUUCAGUUUUACCUCAUUCAGAGUGAGCUCUACUUGAGAAUGAUUAACAGGCAAAAAGCAAAACAGGAUUUUUUUUUUUUAAGAAGCUGAAUGCUGUGUAACUUACCAGCACAACCCCUUUAUAUACAAAAGGAUUAGCUGAAAAAGACAAAGUGUAGGCAGUGUUUCAAAGCUGUAGAUUAUUUUAGUUACUAAAUAGCAAAUGCACAAGUUUCACUUUUGGGAAGGUUCAGUUCUAAAACAUCUGGUAUUGCCAAAUCCUGCUGAAAAAUUUUAAUAAACUUCUUGAUGGACUAACUCCUGGGACAGUGAUGUAACUCUGAGGAAUUAAAUGUUUCAUUGUCAGUAGGCACAGUCUUGCUGUGACCAAAAUUCAUGAGUUUGUUACUGACUUCAGUGGCAGUGGGAUGAAGCCCUACAUUAUACACACUGUAGGUAGGAUUCAGCUCUCCAAACAGGUUUUCCUUUCCUGCAUCCCACUACUGUCAUGGUUGAUUUGUUGUUAGAGAACCAGCACUUCUUACGACACAUGCUGUCUAGUCAUUCCAAUGUAUUGCUAAAACUUUUUGCUAGUUCUAAUUUCUCUCUUGAGAGCUUCACGUUAAGAUGUAGGCUGGUGCUUCAGGGCACGAUCCAAGGUCAGUUAAAUCCAUAAGAAGAUGUCAAUAGACUGAAACAGGUUUUGGAUCAAAGGUUUCUAUAGAUUUGCAUGGAAUGGAUGGCCUCAUUUAAUAGGGUAGAAAAGAGUGCACUGAGUAUAGAAGACAAGGCAACUACCUCAGGGAUGUGAUGAAAUAGAUUAUGGUUACCUUCAACAUGGCAGAGCUGAACUGCAGUGUACAAAAGGUGGUUGCUGCACAGUUGUUUUGUCUGGAAUGGGCUGUCAUCUCCAAGUUUGGAAUAAGUAUUUAAGAUGACCUACACAUCUAAUAGAGAUUCUAACAGAAAUGGUUUCGGUUGGUUUGGUUUGUUUGGGUUUUUUAAUUAGAAAAUUCCUCAAACACCUGGAUUUAAAUUCGGGAUAGAACCACAAUCAAACAAACAGAACCUACAAAAAAACAUAGGAUUUGUCUAUCUUUUUUCUUUCCUAAACAUAUACCAUUAUGCAAUAUACUCUCCCCUUCAUAACAGAAAUUCUAGCUGAUUAUUUGCCUAUUUGAAUAAGCUGUUUCAUACUCCUAGUGCAUUGCAGUGUAAGUUUUGAGAUUUGCCAGCUAAUGAAAGGCACAGUAGCAAAUAAAAUAACUAAUGCCCUCCUAGUGGUUCUGUUUAUUGGUCUCUUUCAUUAAUUCCCUAUCUCAAGAAAACCAUCCUACUCUAAGAUUCCUGACACGUAAAUGUUUAAGCAUUUUAAAGCUUAUGGCCAUGAUUCCCUAUCUGCCUCUCCCCAAGAAACAGUUUUGAGUUGACAGUAUAGCAUUUUUAAUACCAUUUAUUUUGCAAUUUCUUCUCCCAACUUUUCUACAUAAGGUAGAGAGGGGUAUUUCAGAUUAAAAUGGGAAAAGUUUCUUGGUUAACUUUGGUGAAGGAACUGGAUUCAGUCGGUACUUCAGUUAUGUUGCUCUUACCUAAAGCCCUGCAUCUGCUUCUGUUGAGGCCAACGUAAAAACCCAGAGACUAAAAAAAGGCCUUGUUCUCGUCUGGUGCAGUAAAACUCCUAAUGACUUUGGUAACAAUGACAGGUACUCUGCAUUUCUCAGGAUUGCAUCUGCAGUUUCACAAGGGGGGGAAAAAUCUUUAAAAGAUCAUGUGAAACCCUGCUUACUGAAAGGCAACAGUUUUAUUCGCUAGCAAAGCAACCUUCAUUGAUCAGUUUGGAAUUAACUGUUUUAAUUUUGUCAUCAGGUUUUUGUUGCUUUUUUUUUUUAAACAAACUGCUAUGACAUACAGAAAAAAAAUACAAGAAAAAUAUUUUAUUACCUUCCAAAAAUUAGCUUUGAUUUAUUCUUGGAAGAUAACGUGGUUGGUAUGUUUUCUCAGGAUAGCCUCUAUCUAUUUCUGUGUGUUGGUUUUAAACAUAUCUGAAUUAAAAGGGGUUUUAAUCUCUGUCUCUUCUGUGAAAUUAGACUGUAUACAACUAAUUAUGACUGCUCUUCAUAGUUUGCUGUUCUAGCAUAGCCAUAAAAUGUAUCAACGUAUGUGUAUAUAUUAAUGACUGUUUGAUGACAGACACUUUAGAUUAUAUAUUUAAGCAGCCAUGUCAAAACUUUAAAAGUAGAUGGCUUCAAAAGUAACGGUAUAAUCAUACUACUUGCGAACUAUUUUACAAGCAAACCGUGGCCUCAGCACAGAUCUCUCAUCCUUACCAGCAGUCUGAAAUCCACCUUUUCUUUAAAGAACCCAAACUACAUUUGUUUUGCCAUUGCUUGUUUUCCUCUUACCAAGAUGUGUUUAAAUAAUGACAACUACCUGUGACUCAGUCUUCAUCGUUCAUCUCACAGAAAAGCAGCCUUGGUACCGUACCUCUAAGUUGUAUCCUCAUUGGUCUGAACUCGUGCUGCAUUGCACACAGCAAGCACCAUCUACUCAUUCCGAGAGACUGAACAUUUCACAGCUGGUAUCGUUGGUUUCCCCCUGGGACUGCCUCACUGUUCAGAAUGACUUUUCUUCACAUAAUAUAUCCCCUGUACAUGUUCCCACUGCAUUUUUGCUUUCUGCCUUUUCGCCAGUUUAUAACAGUAUUGUAAGAAUAGCCAUGAAAUAAAAAGCUUAAUGUACUGAUUUGCAGUCCCAAGGGGAAUUUACAUUAGAAGUGCAGUUGUUAUUAUUUUCUGAAAAGUGGUGUUAUCUUCCUUUUUAUUAUUAUUAUUCUAUUCCUAUGAUAAUAUGAUGUUCCAUGUAAAUUUUCAUGUGCUGGCAUGCCUACAAGUUAAUAGUGUAAUAGAAUGCUCAGCUCUCAACAUUAGGGUGUUUUUAAGGUGAAUUGCAUUACACAUGCCAUCUCUUUGCAGAAAGAAUAUGGGGUUUGGCAAAGCUACCUGCUGAGCAACAUAAUAAGAUUUUUGUACAAAGUACAAGUUACUGAUUAUUAUUGUAUUUUAUUUUUCUAUGAUUUCCUAAGAGGCAUUAUCAGGUCUUACAGAUGGGGUAAGCCUGUUUAUUAAGAUAUUUAUUAGCAAAUAAAAGUUACAGUACUGGUGGUUA